GUGACGCAGACAAUGAAAGAGUCUACUGCAAUCCUUUGCCAUGCCCAUCUGAGCUCCCAGUCAUGUGUGAUCAGCCUGGCCAGAUUAAAGUGGCUGAAAAAGUAGGAUGCUGUGAAAUAGACAAAUGUGUAUGUGAUGUCACCACAUGUCCAAUCCGCUCUUGUCCAGUUGGUUACAUUCAAGAGACUGAAGUGGGGGCGUGUUGCCCUAAGUGUGUUCCUAAAGCUGUUUGUGUAUACAAUAACGCGGAAUACUUGCCGCACAGCAGUGUGCCUAUGAGACAUUGUGAAACCUGUCUGUGUAGUGACAAACUGGAAAAUGAUGGCAGCUUACACAGGAUCGAAUGUGAGCCUAUUACAUGUGACACUUACUGUCCACAGGGCUUCGAGCCAGUUUUGCCACCAGGAGAAUGCUGUGCAAAGUGUGUGCAGACCAUGUGUGUGGUUGUGUAUUCAGGAAACCUCACACACUCUAUUCCUGUCAAUGGUAUCUGGAGUCCACCUGGGAACAAGUGUGUAAAGUAUGAGUGUGUGAAGGUCGGGAGCAGGUUCAUCACUAUGGAGGCCAGAACACUCUGUCCUCCCUACAACCCCAAUGACUGCAUUCCUGGGACAGAGGUCAUUGCACCUGAUGGUUGCUGCCAUUUGUGUGUAAGGAAAUGCAACCGGACAACGGAAUCUACAUACCUGCAGCAUAAUGGCUGCACCUCCUCCCAGAAGGUUGACUUGACAACUUGUCAAGGUCUUUGUCCAACAUUCUCCUGGUUCUCUCGGAGUACAAGCACGUUUCAGCCCUCCUGUUCCUGUUGCCAGGAGAUUACCACCAGCAAAAGAGAGGUGGAGAUGGUCUGCCCUGAUGGCUCAAAGUUCAGUUAUUCAUAUAACUACAUUGAGCAAUGUGGCUGUCUUCAGUCAACAUGCACCACUAUGGAAAAAACAGUGACUAAAAAGCUACAAAGAAGGCGUUAAUGAGUUAGCGCUACA